AUGCUCCAGGUGUCUGUCCGUUUCACUAUAGCAGAGUGGGACCUGCUGGAUCCGGGCCAGAAAACCCUCUACAGGGAAGUAAUGCAGGAGAACUAUCGGAGCGUCAUCUCUCUGGGUAAGGAGGAUCUUCCAGAAGUGCCAAAGAAACUUUUUGCAUGUUCAGAGUGUGGAAAAAGAUUCAGUCAAAGUGCAUCUCUUCAACUGCAUCAGAGAAUCCACACAGGAGAGAAACCUUUUGAAUGCUCAGAGUGUGGAAAGAGAUUCAGUCAGAAUGGCACUCUAAAACUGCAUCACAGAACCCACACAGGGGAGAAACCUUUUGAAUGCUCACAGUGUGCUAAGAAAUUCAGUCGGAGUGACCAUCUUCAGCAGCACCAGAGAACCCACACAGGGGAGAAACCUUUUGUAUGCUCAGAGUGUGGAAAAAGAUUCAGUCAAAGUGCAUCUCUUCAACUGCAUCAGAGAUCCCACACAGGGCAGAAACCUUUUCCAUGCUCAGAGUGUGGAAAGAAAUUCAGUCUAAGUGUGUCUCUUCAUCAGCAUCAGAGAAUCCACACAGGGGAGAAACCUUUUGAAUGCUCAGAGUGUGGAAAGAGAUUCAGUCAGAAUGGCACUCUAAAACUGCAUCACAGAACCCACACAGGGGAGAAACCUUUUGAAUGCUCACAGUGUGCUAAGAAAUUCAGUCGGAGUGACCAUCUUCAGCAGCACCAGAGAACCCACACAGGGGAGAAACCUUUUGUAUGCUCAGAGUGUGGAAAAAGAUUCAGUCAAAGUGUAUCUCUUCAACUGCAUCAGAGAUCCCACACAGGGCAGAAACCUUUUCCAUACUCAGAGUGUGGAAAGAAAUUCAGUCUAAGUGUGUCUCUUCAUCAGCAUCAGAGAAUCCACACAGGGGAGAAACCUUUUGAAUGCUCAGAGUGUGGAAAGAGAUUCAGUCGGAGUGGCAGUCUAAAACUGCAUCAGAGAACCCACACAGGGGAGAAACCUUUUGAAUGCUCAGAGUGUGGAAAGAGAUUCAGUCAGAAUGGCACUCUAAAACUGCAUCACAGAACCCACACAGGGGAGAAACCUUUUGAAUGCUCACAGUGUGCUAAGAAAUUCAGUCGGAGUGACCAUCUUCAGCAGCACCAGAGAACCCACACAGGGGAGAAACCUUUUGUAUGCUCAGAGUGUGGAAAAAGAUUCAGUCAAAGUGCAUCUCUUCAACUGCAUCAGAGAUCCCACACAGGGCAGAAACCUUUUCCAUGCUCAGAGUGUGGAAAGAAAUUCAGUCUAAGUGUGUCUCUUCAUCAGCAUCAGAGAAUCCACACAGGGGAGAAACCUUUUGAAUGCUCAGAGUGUGGAAAGAGAUUCAGUCAGAAUGGCACUCUAAAACUGCAUCACAGAACCCACACAGGGGAGAAACCUUUUGAAUGCUCACAGUGUGCUAAGAAAUUCAGUCGGAGUGACCAUCUUCAGCAGCACCAGAGAACCCACACAGGGGAGAAACCUUUUGUAUGCUCAGAGUGUGGAAAAAGAUUCAGUCAAAGUGUAUCUCUUCAACUGCAUCAGAGAUCCCACACAGGGCAGAAACCUUUUCCAUGCUCAGAGUGUGGAAAGAAAUUCAGUCGAAGUGCGUCUCUUCAUCAGCAUCAGAGAAUCCACACAGGGGAGAAACCUUUUCAGUGCUCCGAGUGUGGAAAGAGAUUCAGUCAGAGUAGCCAUCUUCAACUGCACCAGAGAACCCACACAGGGGAGAAACCUUUUGCAUGCUCAGAGUGUGGAAAGAGAUUCAAUUUAAGUGCGACUCUUCAUCGGCAUCAGAGAAUCCACACAGGAGAGAAACCUUUUGAAUGCUCAGAGUGUGGAAAGAGAUUCAGUCAGAGCAGAUUCAGUCACAGUGGUGAUCUUCGAAAGCAUCAGAGAACCCACACAGGGGAGAAAUCUUUUGAAUGCUCAGAGUGUGGGAAGAGAUUCAGUCAGAGUAGUCAUCUUCAGCUGCACCAGAGAACCCACACAGGGGAGAAACCUUUUGAAUGCUUAGAGUGUGGAAAGAGAUUCAGUCAGAGUGGCACUCUGCACCAGCACUGGAGAACCCACGCAGGGGAGAAACCUUUUACCUUUGAUCUAAAUAUUAAUUACCGAUGUUUGGAUGUGUACGUGUGGGAAUGA